AUGGGGAAAUCAAGCGUGUUCUUCACGAUCAUCGCGGUUUUCCAGUUCAUUGCUAUGGCGUUUUUGAUCAUUGCGUGUGUAACAGCACCAGUGUUCAAACAGAUUGGACUGUCCAAAGUCGACGGCAUAACGUACGGCGUCUUUGGAUACUGUUCUAGUAGCGACGGCUGCUCCAAGGCAGCUGCGUCUUACCACCCGGAGACGCUCUCAUCGGAUACAGUUACCUGGAGAUUGAAUGACGCUGCAAGAGGCAGGCUGGGCCGUAUAUUGAUUGUCACUCCACUGGCCGCAGGGUUGAAUUUUUUGGCAUUUCUUUGCACAGUGGCCAGCCUCAUCUUCAGUAUAGUGAAUGACGAGGGCUCGAUCUAUGCGGCCCUGUUCAUAGUUAAUCUCGUUUUCGACUUGCUCGGGUUUUUCUCAUCGGCACUGAUCUGUAUUGUCGGACUUUUACUCUUCUUCCCGCACGUCACAUGGUGCUGCUGGCUGCUUCUCCCAGCGGCUAUACUACCGCUCCUCACGAUACCGAUCAUCUUCAUCAGUUACAUGUCGAAUGAGAACAUUCACUCAGAAGAUGGGUUGGGUGAGAGGGAGAGGGGUCAGCUGCUGCAGGCAGAGCACGAGUACUCGCAACAGGACAUCGCAGACAGUUUCAACAAACCGCCCGCCGUAAUCCCAGAUAUAGUCCCUGCAUCUGAGAACUUCUACAAAACAAGCUCCUCAAGCAUGGAUUACUCAUCGAACCAAGAGAAGAAGAGUAUGGAUGACUUUGAGGUACACACGGUAGAGAAGCAGGAUACGAUUCAGCAGUCUAGCAACUUCAACAGCACGGCAAACCUGCUUCAUGGUGAAGAAGGGGACGAUGUGCUGGACGAGUACGUCGAAAAGAGAGGGUCAUACACUGCAUAUUCUGCGAUCGACAGCGAUGGUCACGGCACUCACAACUCAAGGAAGACUAACCCUCUGAAUUUCAACCCUCCCUCGAUUGACUCGUCUAAUUUUUCAGCUACGGGCAUGAUCGAAAAGGAUAACCAGCCUAACAAGCUGCUGGAGGACAUCAUGAGAGACCAAACAAACAACGGGUUACCAGACUCACAGAGCGAGGAGAGCCUAGCGGAAAGCAAACACUCAAACUUGACCUCGAUAUCUCGUAGGGGCGCCAACCCAAACUACAACAAUCAAAACUCGCUACCAUACCCAGGUGCAUCGACCGUCAAUUCGAUCAGAGCUCCACAGGGCGGCAUAGCGCCAGCGCAGUACCCCACGCAAUAUGGACCAAUGAAUGGUCAGAUGCCACGCCAGAACAACGCCCAGCCGUACGCGAACUACGGCACACGGCAACAACCGUUACCUGCUGGUCCAGGUCAAAAUGGUAUGCAGAACCGUGGCCCUCCAAACCAGGCGUACAUGCAGGGACCCCUCCCACAACAGACAAACAUGAGGCCCAUAAACUACAUGAACAACAAUCACAUGCCGCCAGCUGCGGCCGCCACACAGGGGAGAAACUUCCCCGUGCCAAUGAACCAGCAGAUGAGAGGCAUGCCCCAACAGUACCCGCAGAAUGUGCCACUCAAUCCUGGAUACAUGAACAGAGCAAACGGUGCGAUGCCACCGGUACAGCACACUGCCCCACACUUCCAAUCUGCGUACAAGAAAAGGAUGGUUGCAAGGGCCAACAUGCACAAUAAUAUAAACUCUGCUCAAAACAUGUACGGGUUCAGGUAA